AUCCCGACUGAGGCUGCGAAGGCUCAACCCGAUCAUCUAUCCCAUCCCUACGCCAGAGAGACCGAGAGAGUGUGCGCGUUCCCUUCCCUGGUCGUCUGCUCUCCAAUUCCUAAAAUCUAUUCCAUAAUUCUGAAUCUGAAUCUGAAGCUUUGCGCGGGAAAAAUAUGUCUGGAAAGGGCGCGAAGGGUCUGAUCAUGGGCAAGGCCUCGGCGGCCGCCAACAAGGACAAGGACAAGGACAGCAAGAAGAAGCCCAUCUCUCGCUCCUCUCGCGCAGGCCUUCAGUUUCCGGUGGGUCGGAUCCACCGUCUACUGAAAUCAAGGACCACAUCCAGUGGGAGAGUUGGAGCAACAGCCGCAGUCUACUCUGCAGCGAUCUUAGAGUAUUUGACUGCAGAGGUGCUAGAGCUGGCUGGCAAUGCAAGCAAGGAUCUCAAGGUCAAACGUAUCACCCCCAGGCAUUUGCAGCUUGCAAUCCGAGGUGAUGAAGAGCUCGAUACUCUAAUCAAAGGAACAAUUGCUGGUGGAGGUGUGAUCCCUCACAUCCACAAGUCACUUAUCAACAAGUCAUCCAAGGAUUAGACUACAAAUAGGGUUAGCGCUGGCAUACAUUUGUGGACUUUCUAUGUAGGAAUUGAUGUUUCUCCUUGAUCCUAAAAUCUUAGAUCGGUGUUCUCUUCUUCCAAGAAAGUAGAGGGGUCUGUAGUUGUGUGUUUAAAUUAAUGUUGGCCAUGAUUUUUUCUCCUGGUUUUGAACUAGUUAUGUUUCUGAUGAUAUCUGUUCUGGAUGAUGUCGCUGUGACAUAACUUAGGCUCAUUUUUAGACGUUUAA